AUGAAUUCAAAUACCGAAAAACCGAGCAGUAUUGGCUGUCAUCAAAUUGCUCAUCAGAAAAAUCCGUGUGGUUUGGAAUCAGUGCAUGUUAUGUCAACUUUGGGAGCUGAUGAAUUGUGUCAAGCCCCUUUGAAGGUCAACAUGACUUAUAAUUUGAUGAGCUCACUAAGCACUAGUACUUUCAUGGCUGCUGAUCAUUGUGGCAAUCUUGGGAAAUAUGUACAACCGCAAGCCAAUAUUCAAGGCUUACAAGAUCAUCAUGUCAAGGCUAAGCCAGUAACGAUACACUCCGUUGAUUCCUUGGAUUGUUUGCUCUCAGCCACUAAUAGCAACACCGACACAUCUGUAGAAGAUGACGAUGGAAUUUCUAUGCUUUUUUCGGAUUGUAGAAGAAACUUAUGGAAUUUUGGAGCAGGAAAUAAUAGUGCAAUCUCUUCCGGAGAGUCUGAGAACAAUGAAACAGUAUUCUCUCAAAGUUCAUCAGAUUUAUAUGUCCAAAGCCAAGGUAAGCCAAAUUCCACAAAGAGAAGCCAUGAUCAAAGUGAGCCCAAAUUGCACGGAGCAAAUUAUAGUCACUUUGGUCUUCUUCAAACAGAUUAUUCUUCUACUAGUGAAGGGGGUUUCAGGCUCAUCUCCGACAACCCAUCAAAAAUGAAGAAACCCAGAUCAGAUAAUAAGCGUCCAAGCUCAUCCAACAUCAGCUUUCAACAACCAACUUCAUCCGUGUCAACUUCCUCUAUUGAAGAACCCGAUCCAGAGGUCAUUGCGCAGAUGAAAGAGAUGAUUUAUCGCGCUGCGGCUUUCAGGCCUGUGAACUUGGGGCUGGAGCUGGUGGAGAGGCCAAAGAGGAAGAAUGUGAAAAUAUCAUCUGAUCCACAAACUGUGGCUGCAAGGCAAAGGAGGGAGAGGAUCAGUGAGAGAAUUAGAGUUUUGCAAAGGCUGGUUCCUGGUGGAAACAAGAUGGACACUGCAUCAAUGCUUGAUGAGGCUGCAAAUUAUCUCAAGUUCUUGAGGUCACAGGUCAAGGCACUUGAAAACUUAGGCCGAAAAAUUGAGUCCAUGAGUAAUUCUAAUAUUCCUACAACAAGCUUUGCUUUCUCUUUCAACCCCUCUUUUCCCAUGCAAACCCAUAAUCAUGUUCCACUCCAAAACCCUAAUCAUAUCCACCAACCACACGGUUGAAAAACUAAUCACAAACCAUGAAAAAAGCCCUAGCUCUAUGUCCUUAGUCCUUUAAUCAUUUUCAUCAUGAUCCUUUCAUUUCAUCGUCAAUGAUUAACCUCCAAAACCCUAUUGUAUCACCCAAAAAGAAAUUUAAAGUAGUAAAUUUUGUAUCCAAGAUCCAAAUCAUUCUCUUCAUCAUCAUUACAUGUAUCCUGAGUUAUUAAGGGUCAU